AUGAUUUCAAAUAGUACGGACACUGAUAAAAAAUACCAAAACAUUAUUACUGAAAAAUUAAGAGAAUUAUUAGGAGAAUAUGAGGUUGAUAUAUUAACAGAAUAUGUUUGGCAUAUGGCCGGAAAUUCAAAAAGUAGUAGUGAAUUUAUGUGCAAUGAAUUGAAAGACUUUCUAGGAGAUCAUACUACUGUUUUCGUUGACUGGUUAUUAAAGCUUAUUGAUGAAAUAAAAAGAAAUCAAAAAGGUGAUAACCUAAAUAAUUCAGAAAUUAAUAAGGAUAAUCUAAAUUAUGAAAAAUCAAAUAGGACUCCAGACUCGAGAUCAAAGUAUUCGCCCACUCAAACCAAGAAAACAAAAAGUUAUGUAAAGGAGUAUGAUUCAAGUAAAAGAAAUCUUUCACGUUCCAGAAGACGAUCCCAAAGUAUUCGUAGUGGUAGUGAUAAAUAUUCUGCUAACGAUCCUGAUUCAUAUUCAAAAAAAUAUAAAAAAAGACAAAGAAGAGAAAUAAGUGUCAGAUCUAACUCUUCAAGGAUUCACACACGAAAAUUCCACUAUGAUAGAAAUCAAUCUAGGAGACGAAUAAAUGAUAAUGAUAAAAAAUUCAAAUUACGAGAAAAUGGACGAGCAAGUGAUAGAAGUUAUAGUCGCUCAUUAUCACCUAAUAGAAAAUUUUAUGUUGAAAAAAAAAAUGGAGCAAAAAAAGAAAUGGAUGAUUCCAAUUUGGAUAAAAAAAAUAAACCCAUUUUAAAACCAAACCCACGAUUUGGUGAUGAUAAGCCAGCCCCAUUCUUGCAACCCGGUUCUUCAAAUUUAAAUCCUCAAGAAAUGCCUAAUUACGUCAUGAACAGAAAUUAUCCAUAUGACAAGGGCAUGAACUUUGAUGGAAAAUUUUACCAAGGUAAUUAUAUGGCAUCCCAACCAAAUAUGUUAGAUGGAAAUAUGAAUAACCCAAAUAAUAGCUUUAUGGCUAAUAAUGUGAAUAAUAAUUUUUUUAAUCCCCAAAAUCCAAAUCAUUUUAAUAAUAUGCAACAAAAAAAUAUGAUUCCUCAACCUGGUUUUCCAUACACUAAUAAAUUUCAAAAUAAUAUGAACAGCAAUAAUUAUUCACAUCCGAAAAAUAAUAUUAUGAACAUGAAUGCAAAAAAUAACAACACCUUCAAAUUUGGAAAUCCAAAUAAUAAUAUGCAUUUAAACAGUCAAAAAAAUCAAGAACAAUUUCAUCCCCCAAAAUUUAACAAACAAAUGCAUUUUAAUAAAACUUAUGUUAAUUCUGAUAAACCAGGAAUAAAACCACACACAGCUCAACCAUUAAUAUCUAAUGUAUGGAUAAACCAAAAUGCCAAUAAUGUAGCAAAUAACAAUGAUAAAAAUAAUAAUCCAAAUUCUCAAAUAAAUGACCAAUUAUCCAAUACACAAAACCCCAAUUUACAAGAUGAAACAAAAUUAAACAAUAUAAAUGAUGGUGGCGCAAAUGCAGCUAUAGCUGGUGGAAAUCAAAUGGUUAACCAAAAUGGAGUAACUGAUCCUGCAAACGCAGUGGUGAAGAUUCCCAAAAAAUGCCUUUAUCUUCCGAAUUGCCAAUUUGGAGAUAAAUGCCGAUAUAUCCAUCCAGUGGAAAAUUGUCGAAAUUGGCCUUAUUGUGCCUUUGGGUCAGAGUGCAUUUACAUUCAUCCAAAUGUCCCAUGCAAAUUUGGAGCAUACUGUGCCAAUUAUUACUGCAAUUAUUCCCAUGACCAUGUGGAUACAUCAAAUAUGCCCGAAAUCGGAACAAAUGGCUACUUUUUAAAUAAAAAACUAAUAAAUAAUACUACCCAAAAUACAAAUAAUGAAAACUUUGAUAAUAAGGUUGCUCAAAUCUCGAUUAGUAUGCCAAAAACCCCACCAGAAAUGAAAAAAGAUAAAAAUAAAUCAGAAUAUAAUGAAAAUGAAUAUAUUCAAGGUAUGUUGGAAGCAGAAAAACAAGAAUUAAAUAACUUAGAAAAUAAUAAUUCUAUAAAUAACAAUAUUGUAGGAUUGCAAUUAGGAGGAUGUAUAGAAGGAAAUGGAAAUCCAAAUAAUAACUUAACAAAUUUUUCACAAGGAAAUUUACCUUUUAGUAUUAACAAAAAUAAUAUGGGAAAUUUAAAUGAAAACAAUGUUCCUAAUUAUAAUUGUUUUAAUGGAGUUGCUAAUUCAGAUCAAUUCAAUCAAAAUAAUUUACCAACUGAUAAUGGGGUUUCAGAACAUAUGAAUAAUUCAGAAAAUUAA